UUGCCCAGUCAACCACGUUGGAUGUUUGGUUGGCAAUCCAAGUCGGCGCAGCUGAAUUGGCCAAAGACGUCUGACUGCCUCAGCUGAGCGCAGUGCAGUUGCCGUCAUCAAAUUCCACAGAACUUCAAUAUCCCCAAAGCAAUUCAGAAAGCGCAGAGCGGGAGCGCAUUGAGUGCCCGUUGCCACAAUGGGGGGCUCCAAGCAGCCGUUCAUGUACGAGCCCGUCAUGAAGGACGACGAGCGAUUUCCGACCAAGCCAUUCGAUCCAAAGGCUGUCACCAGAGCCAGCUACGAGGCCAAAAAACCAAAGCCCAAGCCAAAAGGCCCGCUGGUCUCCUUCAACCGCCAUCCCGACGCCCAUGCAGUGCCCACAGGGCGAUCCAGGUACAGGCCACUUGGCCGCCGGACCAAGGGGUGGAUCAAGGGCAUGAGGACUGUUCAACUUCUCCUUAGGAUCCCCGAGGUAGUCGGCGCUGUCGGCCUCGUUGUCGUAAUGAGCAUGUCGGGGCUGAUCGGCUGGGUUAUGGGUGCUACGCUGGGCGUCGUGAUACUCCACUGUCUGUACAGCAUCUUCCACCACGCACGGCCGGCCGGUGCGCGGACGCCCGGCUCUUCGGCCGCUUACCAGCUCUUCUCUGCCGUUUCUGACCUCUGCGUGCUGCCGCUGUAUGCAUACGGCGCCCUGACCACACGGGACAGAAUGGCCGGAUGGACCGCCCAGCCCCCCGAGAACCCCAACAUCGUCAAGUACAUGGCGCCUGCUGUUUACUAUGGCCUCAUUGGCGCGGGGGGUCUGCAUGUCCUCUCCUUGGCCAUCUCUCUCUGGCUCGGCUUCAUGUUCCGCCGCAUCUCACGCAUGCCGCCGGACAUGAACCCCCUGGAAGCCAACCUCACCUCGCGCGUGCACAAGAGGAACAAGUCGUCGGUCGUAACCACGUCAACCUACUCGGACAACGAAAAGCGCCCCGACAGCCAGUCGUACGACGAUCUGUCCCGCCCGCCAUCGAUUCCCUUUAUGCACACGCGGCAGGGCUCGCAGACUUCCAUCGGCACCCGCGACUCCCGCGUCGACCUGCCCAGCCGGCAGUACCAGAUAACCCCUAGCAACCGCAGCUCGGCCGCCAGCGCGUCAGAUCUGAACCUGAAGCGCAUGUCCGCCCCUCCCGCAUCAUCGCAGCGCGGCUCGUACAUAGGUGUCCCACCGGGUGAGACGGAUAUCAGCUCCCGCCCAAGCUCCGUGUAUUCCAGCCGGCCCAGCACUGGCACCGUGCCCUCGUACCGCGCAGAACCCACCGCUCCCGCGUCCCCCACCGCCCAGCCCCGUUCCGCCAAGUUCACCGAGACGUGGUACGCCUCCGAAUCGCUCAUCAACCGGACCCAGCAGCGCAAGCGGGCCAUGAAUAAUCAGAAUCGUGCAACGAACCGGCACAGCGCGUACGAGUCGUUUAGAAGACAAGACCUCGACCUCUCUGGUUCCGACUCUGAGGGUGAAGGACGCGGGAAUCACUACACCGCCUCCUCCUCGCAAGAACAAGAGGAAGACCAUCACCACCAUCCCAACCCGCUGCGGUCAAAUCCCACCCUUUCACCACCCACCUCCCCUCCUUCAUCUACGAGUAGUACCCAACCCGCAACCGCCCCGUCACCAACAAAACGCCCUCGCACCCCGUUCAGCCGCCUGCGCGAUUCCGUACUCCGCCGCAGCCUCCACCCUGACGAUGACCACGCCACCGCCACAGGGGACAUCACCGACGAGAAAAAGACAACAGCAUACAGAAACAGGGACAGCUCAAUCCAACCCGACGCAGACUUUUCCUUUUACGCCAAGCCCUACGGCGAGCUCAAGCCCGGCACCCCGCCCAUCAUGGUUGGCAGUGGAAAUGCAAAUGGAAAUGGAAAUGGCAGGCAAGUCUCGUCAGGGAACGAUCUGGGAGGUGGUAUGUACGGAAAUGGGGGCAGGUACAGGGGGGUUAGUGGCAAGUUGGCUGAGGAGGGGAGGGUUGGGGUGGGCGGAUAUACAUUUCAGUGAUUUGACUAGGUAGUGACUGACUGGCUGUGAUUUGGUCGGUGAUGAGAUAGAUGAUGAUGAGGGAACGAAGGUGAAGAACGGAUGGGAAUGGGAUAAUGUUUUGCGGUGUUUUGUAUGUAUUGGGUUUCUGUUCUGUUUGGGAAUGUUUGGGAGAUGGGUCAUUUACCAGGCGAACGGAAAAGCAAUGAAUCGAUGGAUGGGCAUUAUUGUAAGAGUAUGGGAUUCAAGGGUUUGUAGGUGGAUCAUCAUCAGGGUUAUGUUAGUUAUCCAAUGUCUGUUGAUAUCACACAGCUGAAGGUAUCCAGAAAAUAGACUCAUUCAUCGGGUAU